GGGGCCACCCUGGACAUGAUUACGACUUCUUUAGGGAAUACUAGAUGCAGCUCAUGUAGGAAGAGGGAGCAUAACCGUUAGAGCAAACCUAGGGACCAUGUACCCCCUCCAUGUAGGAGGGGUAGGCCAUCAGCAGCUUUGUGACAGAAAGCCUGCUCUUAAUUCUGUAACCAAGACAGGUUCUGAGUUUGACUUGAAAGAGUGAUGUCCUUGAUGCCUAGAGAGCCCGGGAAUAAGCUGAAAUGCAUUUCAGGCAGGCAGUAAAUAUUUUUAGAGGUCCCACGAGAGCUACAUAUGAACCUUACAAUCUGCCAGGGGGAGGCUAACUUUACAAAAAUUACUGUACAUGAUAAGAAAGUGAUGAUUACAAAGCCAAGCAUAUUGCAAAUGAAGAUAGGAUGCUGUGAGAGUAUAUGACAGAAGGGUUUGAGUAUGCCAUGAAGGAGUCCUGGACCUGUGCCCAUUGGGGGGCAGGCAGCAGAUAUUUGGGAAAUGUUUUAUUUAUUAUUAUUUUUUAAUGUUUAUUCUUUUUUGAGAGGGAGAGAGAAUCCCAAGCAGGCUCCACGUUAUCAUUGCAGAGCCUGAUGCAGGGCUUGAUCCCACGAACUGUGAGAUCAUGACCCGAGCUGAAAUCAAGAGUCAGAUGCUUAACUGACUGAGCCACCCACGUGCCCUGGGGGAAGUGUUUUAGACAUAGAAUUUAGGUGUGUGUGUGUUUUUUUUUCCUUACGUUUUGUGUAAUACAGGGGCUGAGCAACUCCUAUUCUGACCUCAGUAAUGAGGGCAAAUUUUCUUGAAUAAUAGCAAAUGAUUACCCCUUCAUGAUAGAAGUACUUCCGUUAUGAAAGGCAGAGGACUUUCCAGUGUUGGGUUGAGGAUGGAGAGAGAUGUCCGAGGACAGGCUGUGUGUGUGUGUGUGUGUGUGUGUGUGUGUGUGGUGUGAAGAAGGAAGCGUAGCAUGUUGUUCUUUUGGGCUGUCUCCAGCAGGGGAGUGGGGCUGCAGCACGGGGCUCUGUAGGCCAAGGCAGUGUGUGAUCUGCUGGCCACUCCUUUUAGCCCCCUGUAGGGUCAGGGAAAGUAAACUCUUGCCUCUCUAGCAUUCCUGGGUUCAGUUCUGACUGCAUGAAAUACCUUUGGUCUUUGAACCAACCUGCAGGAGGCCAAGUCAGCCUUUCCACAGAGGGCAAAGCCCAGAACUUUCCCUUGGGCUUUGUGGCAGAGUGAGAGAGGUAGGAGUCUGGCAGUGGACACUGUCUGGCUGGCUUCUCACUUCUCCAGAGUCCCCAGUUUUGUGUGUGAACAAGAUGGAGGCUGAUCUGUCUGGCUUUAACAUUGAUGCUCCCCGUUGGGACCAGUGCACUUUCCUGGGGCGGGUGAAGCACUUCUUCAAUAUCACAGACCCUCGCACUGUCCUGGUACCAGAGCGGGAGCUGGACUGGGCCAAGGUGAUGGUGGAGAAGAGCAGGAUGGGUGUUGUGCCCCCAGGCACCCAAGUGGAGCAGCUGCUGUAUGCCAAGAAGCUGUACGACUCAGCCUUCCAUCCUGACACCGGGGACAAGAUGAAUGUCAUCGGGCGGAUGUCCUUCCAGGUCCCUGGUGGCAUGAUCAUCACGGGCUUCAUGCUCCAGUUCUACAGGUGGAACCUGGGAGCAAGGACGAUGCCGGCUGUGAUCUUCUGGCAGUGGGUGAACCAGUCCUUCAAUGCCUUAGUCAACUAUACCAACAGGAAUGCAGCUUCCCCUACAUCGGUCAGGCAGAUGGCCCUCUCCUACAUCACAGCCACAACCACCGCCGUGGCCACUGCUGUGGGCAUGAACAUGUUGACAAAGAGAGCUCCACCCCUGGUGGGCCGCUGGGUGCCCUUUGCCGCUGUGGCUGCUGCUAACUGUGUCAACAUCCCAAUGAUGCGACAGCAGGAACUCAUCCAGGGCAUCUGCGUGAAGGACGGAAAUCACAAUGAGAUUGGUCAUUCCCGGAGAGCUGCGGCCAUAGGCAUCACCCAAGUGGUCAUUUCUCGGAUCACCAUGGCAGCCCCUGGCAUGAUCUUGCUGCCAGUCAUCAUGGAAAGGCUGGAGAAGCUGCGUUUCAUGAAGAAAGUCAAGGUCCUGCAUGCCCCGUUGCAAGUUCUGCUGUCGGGAUGCUUCCUCAUCUUCAUGGUGCCAGUGGCCUGUGGGCUCUUCCCACAGAAAUGUGAAUUGCCAGUUUCUUAUCUGGAACCAGAGCUCCAAGACGCCAUCAGAGCCAAGUAUGGAGAACUUGUGCCUUAUGUCUACUUCAAUAAGGGCCUCUAAAUGCCCCACCCCAGUAAGGACCAGUCUGUGCCCAUAUUCACCAGCUCCUCAGCUGCUCUGUAUACCUGUCCCCUCACUCCUCUGCCCACAGGCCCUGAAGGCCAGGGUGGAUUUGGGAGGUGGAGAGCCUCGUGUUUUCACCCAGGCUUAUUGGACUCCAGAGGAUAAAAGUGAACAAGGGGAGCAAAAGCCAAGUCUUCUAUCUGUUCCUCCCUUAACCACCAUCCCCUGGAGACCAGGAGCUGAGACCGCCCUGAGGGAGAUACUCAGACCGUUUGGAAAAAUUAGGAAUCUUUGGGGAUUCUAGUUCCAGCCAGGACUGGGGAAGAGCCCCUGGGACAAAAAGAUGCUCUUACUCCUCUUCCUCCUCAUCUUGUCUCAUGCUAUGAAACUUUUUACCCUUGCAAUCCUAGCUAACUCAGGAAGGGAGGGGAAGAAGCCUUUGCCAACGUGGGGCUCUUCUCUGUUCUUUCUCAUUCUCGUCCCCAGUGUCCCCUGGUCAGAAAGCGUCUUUGGGAGUGCUGCUAAACUUGAGAUAGGCCGUUUCAUGAGGCAGCAAAGUUUCAUGGUGCUUUAAGCCCUGUCUAUUGACACUGACUUUGAUCUCCUAUGCUAAAAUCAUGUCUGAUUUUGCUUCUCUGUGUUUGAAAAAUAAGUCCACUAACUGUGAGUAAAAAGAAUAUAUGUAGGCAUUAACAGCACAUUUUAAUGGGUAUAUUUUCCUAGCUGCCUCCCUUCUCAGCCCAUUGGGUUAAGCACCAAAGACUAGUGUGUUCUGAAUAGGAAAGAGAAGUUUUAUUUGGAUACCUCUGAGAAGUAACCAAACAGGACCAAAGAGCCUUAAAGGACACACAGCAAAGUGCAUGCAGCCAUUUGCCCGUCCCAUCUUGGCUGCUGUAGGUGACUUUUCAGGCUCGGGGUGGGGUGGGGGUGGAAGGAGACCAUUGUGGCUUAUGAGGGAUCAAUGUCUGUCUGAGUUUCAUCUAGUAGAAUUUCCUGACUGUUCAAAGGAUAUCACUGUGAAUCAAAUAAAUUUCUUGAAAGAGUGUAA